AUGUGUUCUGGGGUCUUCAGGAGCCGUAGACAAGACUGUUCAGCUUUUAAUAAUAUACCAAAAAUAUAUAAUUUUUACUUUUUUAUUUUAGAGUUCAUUGAAGAAAAAGAGGAAAAUGAAGAAUCGAGUGAAGUUAAGGAGAAAAAUAAUGUCAAAACUGGUGGGAAAACUUUGACUUGCUCUCAAACCAAACAGAAAGAUUUAAAGAAAAAAAGAGUUAAGGUAUCUUUCACCUGCACUCAGUGUGGAAAGAGUUUCACAUGUAAAUCAAAUCUUAAGCAUCACAUGAGAGUUCAUACUGGAGAGAAACCAUUCACUUGCAAUCAGUGCGGGAAGAUUUUCACACAAUCAUCAAACCUUAAGGAUCACAUGAACAUCCACACUGGAGAGAAACCUUACAAGUGUUCACACUGUGACAAGAGAUUCAGUGAUUUAUCAUCUCUGAAAACACAUGAGAGAUUUCACACUGGAGAGAAACCUUAUAAGUGUUCACACUGUGACAAGAGAUUCAGCCAAUCAUCAAGUCUGAAAAAACAUGAGAGGAUCCACACUGGAGAGAAACCUUAUAAGUGUUCACACUGUGAAAAGAGAUUCUGUGUGUCAACAGAGCUGAAAACACAUGAGAGGAUUCACACUGGAGAGAAACCUUACAAGUGUUCACACUGUGACAAGAGAUUCAGCCAAUCAUCAAGUCUGAAAAAACAUGAGAGGAUCCACACUGGAGAGAAACCUUACAAGUGUUCACACUGUGACAAGAGAUUCAAUCAAUCAUCAAAUCUGAAAACACAUGAGAGGAUUCACAAUGGAGAGAAACCUUACAAGUGUUCAAACUGUGACAAGAGAUUCAGUCGGUCAGGAUGUCUGAAAAAACAUGAGAGCACUCACACAGGAGAGAAACCUUAUAAGUGUUCACACUGUGACAAGAGAUUCAGUGUGUCAUCAAAUCUGAAAAAACAUGAGAGGAUCCACACUGGAGAGAAACCUUACAAGUGUUCACACUGUGACAAGAGAUUCAGUGAUUCAUCAAGUCUGAAAAAACAUGAGAGGAUCCACACUGGAGAGAAACCUUACAAGUGUUCACACUGUGACCAGAGAUUCGGUGAUUCAUCAAGUCUGAAAAAACAUGAGAGGAUCCACACUGGAGAGAAACCUUACAAGUGUUCACACUGUGACCAGAGAUUCGGUGAUUCAUCAAGUCUGAAAAGACAUGAGAGGAUUCACACAGGAAAGAAACCUUACAAGUGUUUAAUCUGUGACAGGAAAUUCAGUGAUUCAUCGAGUCUGAAAACACAUGAGAGGAUUCACACUGGAGAGAAAGCACAUCACCGCAAUGUACGUGGGAAGCGUUCCAUUAAGUCAUCUGUUAUACACAGUCAUACAAAAACCAACCACAGUAAGGCCCUGUACACGUGGGGACGCAUUUAGCUGUAUAUGUAAAUAUUUUGUAUGGUAUAUGCGUUUCGUCCAGACUGAUCCAGCAUUCGGGGGAAUGAAAACCCUAUAAAAAAAAAU